GAUCGAUGGUUUUCACGCAUUUAAAAAGGUUUUGUCCUCAUUUCUCGGUGUUGUAACUGAAUUCAACAAGUCAUAAAGAUGUCUCACCAGUUAUUAAGCCGUUUCGGUCUCUGUUGACCAUCACCACCCUUCAAAGUCAGGGACCUACACAACCAAGACCAGGCUGACCCUUCUCCCUCCUCUCCAUCCAAUCGAAUCCCAAAACCCAUCAGAUCAUCAAUCAAACCGACAACAGCCCGCUCCGAACCAACACUCAAGAAAAUAAAACCCAUUGCCCUCCCGAUCGUCCAUCACCCCACAUGGCUUCCGACAUCCCCUCGUGCGGUGGUUCAAACGCCGGUCAACUAAAAGAAAAUACUAUUAUCGUCGUCUUAGGGGCCAGCGGUGAUCUCGCUAAGAAAAAGACCUUCCCAGCCCUCUUUGGAUUAUAUUUCAAUGGAUUUUUACCCGAAGGUACCCAAAUAAUUGGCUAUGCAAGAACAAAGAUGGACCAAGAAGAGUUUCACAAACGAGUAUCUCAAUGUAUCAAAGCACCCAUCCCGGCGAUGAAGAAGAAAUUAGAAGAGUAUCUGGGCAUCUGCAGUUACGUUGACGGUCAAUAUAACGAGGACGCCAGCUUUCAAAGACUGGAAGAAGCUAUCAAGGACAAGGAGAAGGAUUUCAAAGGGUCCGAUCGUCAUAGAAUCUUUUACAUGGCCUUACCCCCUAGUGUUUUCAUCGACGUUGCAACCGGUUUGAAAAAGAACAACUAUUCUCCGAAUGGCUUUAAUCGGAUCGUCGUCGAAAAACCGUUUGGUAUGGAUCUUCCGACCAGUCGUGAGCUGAUGGGAAGCCUGAAGGCCCUGUGGAAAGAAGAAGAGACUUUCCGGAUUGAUCAUUAUCUCGGCAAAGAAAUGGUCAAGAAUCUGUUGGUUUUGCGAUUUGGGAAUGUCAUACUGGAUGCCUCUUUCAACAAGAACUUGAUAUCAAACGUUCAGAUCACAUUCAAAGAACCUUUUGGAACUGAAGGUCGGGGUGGCUACUUUGACGAGUUUGGGAUCAUUCGAGAUGUCAUGCAAAAUCAUCUACUUCAAGUUCUAUCUCUCUUGACAAUGGAGCGACCUGUCUCAUUCUCUGCCGAGGAUAUCAGAGAUGAAAAGGUCAAGAUUUUGAGAUUUAUCCCUCCUAUCCAGCGAGAGCAAUCACUGCUUGGACAAUACACCGCAGCGGACGACAAACCAGGCUAUCUGGACGAUGACACCGUACCCAAAGGCUCUAUCUGCCCCACCUUUGCUGCAUUAGUUCUGUACAUCAACUCUCCUCGGUGGGAAGGUGUGCCCUUUGUCCUGAGAGCUGGCAAGGCUCUCAACGAGCAAAAGACAGAGAUCCGCAUUCAGUACAAGGAUGUCACUCAAGGUAUUUUCAAAGACAUUGCUCGAAAUGAGCUUGUAAUCCGAGUUCAGCCGGGAGAAGCAGUUUACCUGAAGAUGAAUGCCAAAGCCCCCGGAUUGGCUAUGAAAUCGGUCUCGACUGAGAUGGACUUGACUUACAAAAGAAGGUUUAGUGACUUGAAAAUCCCUGAGGCCUACGAAGCCCUGAUCUUGGAUGCACUCAAAGGAGACAGAUCAAACUUUGUUCGUGACGAUGAGCUGGAAAUAGCAUGGAAAAUAUUUACGCCACUGCUACACUACAUUGAUCAGGAAAAACCAAAGCCUGAACCCUAUUCAUACGGAUCGCGAGGUCCAGAAAACUUGGAUGACUUCAUCACAAAGCAUGCGGGAUACAAAAGAUUUACACAGGGGUAUAAGUCAGUUUAAAGAUUGUGGAUACAUUAAUUCUCAUGAGGUAUGCGCGGGAGGAAACGCCUGAUGAAGAAGAACAUCUACUGAUUUGAAUUGGCCGUUGGUUUGGAUUGAACCUUUUGAAUAAGGUGGCCUGUACAAUCAGCACUAUAUUAGGGUUCUCAGAUCCUACACCUCUUCAGCAAUCGAAUGGGUCAAAAUUGUGAAGAGAACCAGGAGAAAAUUAACCGAUCGCAUCUUAACUCUUACCAUCUUAUGGCCCCUUUCCUGAGCGUUAUCCACUGCGUUUUUUUUUUCUAAGGAUCAUUCUUUGAAGUUGGAGACUUCUCUUCAUGGUGGAACUGAGCGAAAUGCAAUGUAUAUGAGUAUAAUAUCUAUAUAUGUAAACACAUACAUGUUAUUAUCCUAUUAUUAUUAUCAUCAUCACCAUCAUACGUAUAUAAGGUUAGGCCCUCGACCUGGAGGAUAAGUGCACAAUUGAGACUUUCUAGGUGCGAUUUUGUGACCCCCAGAAAUGCUUAAAAUCAGCUGCGCAAAUGGAAGAACUUCCCGUCAAUUUUACAGCCCC